CAAAUUAGAGGAAACCACUGUGGAGGAACGAUGCAACGCCACAGACGGCCCGACCGGGUUGGAAUGUGAUUUGUGUUUAAGGCUCAUCAACAUUUUCCGAACAAUCCAUCCACGUUGUACAACUAGUUCUUAAAUGUUGUGCGAUUUGUGUUUUUGGGGGGCUACAAAUUUUCCUGGACUUUGACGAGGUGCUGCAGCUAGUUUGCAUCCUAUACUUCUACGCUUGUAGACACGACUGAUAUCCAGCAUCGACAAGGUGGUUGUUGAUAUGGAUUUCAUUGAGUUUUUGGUCCUCCAGUUCUAAUCUGCGACUUCUCGAUUCCUCAAGAGGCACUGCUUUGGAGCUGCACGCGACGGUACCAGGAGAAAACUCUCCUACACGCAACUUGCUACGACAUUUGCGAGUCGUGUUUUGAAUUCUACACCUCGCCUUAAGGCAACGACUGAGACAGCGUCCCCUCAGAUCAUGAUUCUAAAAAAUCAGAACACAACAGGCUAUCUCGAAUUGGAUUUUUUCAAAGGGAAAAAGAAGCCUUCGCCAAGGAUACUAUUAUUCUCAGAGAGGAAGAUGCGACGUGGUAGCUCUAAUCGCCAGAAUAUCGCUCCCUCGUCGAAGCCGGAGUCAUAUUGUCGAGGCCCAUCAAAAAAGACAUGCGAGACUUUCAACAAGAUGUAUUGGAGAAAAAACAAAUAAUUGAGGAAUUCCAGAAACGCUUCCGGAAAGAAACGCUAAGGCUUGUCCACCUUCUGAAGCAUCUUCAGAUAUUACAAUGGAUACUGCAUCUUCGGAUGUUGCAUCUUCGAAUAUUACCUUAGUACCUUAGGUUUAAUCUUUGUGUGAGAUCCAUCGUGUAUACCAUCUAUGACGCCCUUAAGGCAGUCUGCACUGAACUUUGUGCGAGAUUAACUGCAUUGUAUUGUAUUCAGAUAUUACGUCUUGAAUGGGCUGUCUCAUAAGGGGAGAACAUUGGUCGAUUGGGUGAGGGUUUAGGGUCGAUUUUAGUGAGCUCUAACAUUGCCUAACUACCAUGGGAAAGCGAUGCAUGAGGCCCAUGUUAGAGCGCUUCUCUCAAAAGUCGAAGAAAAAAUCAAGAAAGUAGACGACCUCCGUAAGGCAGCUCCCGA